AUGGCAUUGGGCCGUGUUUGGAGAGUUUGCAGUGUGUGGCUGUUGUUGACCGUGACCCUGACCCUGGGCUGUGAGAGGUUACAGUUACUGCAAGUUCUCAACACAGAGACUCUGCACAAACUGAGAGAAAUGGGUGGCCCGUUUCCGCGGCACUGUGUGACAGAAAGGCUCUCUCUGAAAUCCAAGCCCCUGAAGCUGGUGAAAUUUACAAAGCACUUACAGAUCCAAGAGGGUAUCAAUAUUGUUCAUCAAACAUUGCAACAAAUCACCAAUGUCUACAGCAUGAACCUGGAUUCAGUCGCUUGGUCUAGGAAAAAAGUGGAACAUUUCAGACUUUUUCUGGAUCGGCAACUCAGAGAGCUGGAAGCAUGUAUAAGAAAACCAAGCUCAAAAUCCAGGUCAAGAGGAAAGGACAAAAUUAGGAAAUACUUCAAGAAGCUGAGAAAGUUUCUCAAACAGAAGGGCGCUCCCUUUCCCUGGCAGUGUGUAAGUGAGAGGCUCUCGCUAAAAACCCAGCCCUUGAAGUUGGCUAAUCUUUCGAAGGGGUUGACGACCCAAGAGAAGAUCCAUAUUGUUCUCCAAACACUGCAGCAAACUAACGAGAUCUACGGAAUGAGUUUGGGUUCAGCCACAUGGCCCCUCAAAAAGGUGGAAGACUUCAGGGUUCUCCUGCAUCGGCAAGCCAGAGAGCUGGAGGAAUGUGUAUGGAAUCCAGCCACAGAGUCUCGGCCAAAGGGAACCAUCAUAAUUGAAAAAUACUUCCGAAAACUGCGAAGCUUUCUUAAACAUAAGAAGUUUGCUGAAUGUGCCUGGGAAAUUAUCCGUGCUGAAACGAGAGCCUGUUUACAACAGAUCCUCCUCAUCACAGCAAAAACUAGCAGAAAAAACUGAAUAAUUUUAAAGGCGUGGCCAGCACUGGAAAAGAAGAAUGGACGUUCAUUUGAAAGAGAAACAUUUUAUAUAUAACACCUUCAGCUGGAAGUGACUUGAAUGGAAGAUGUGUCUUUACAUACUUCCACAUUUGCUACCUAGUUAAUGACCACAAACGUACACUCAGUUGCCACUUUAUUAGGUACACCUGCACACCUGCUCUUUAAUGCAAGUAUCUGUUCAGCCAAUCAUGUGGCAGCAACUGAAUGCAUAAGAGCAUACAGACAUGGUCAAGAGGUUCAGUUGUUGUUCAGACCAAACAUCAGAAUGGGGAAGAAAUGUGAUCUAAUUGACUUUGACAGUGGAAUGAUUGUUAGUUCCAGACAGGGUGGUUUGAGUAAAAUGGCAUUUUAUGGAAGGAACUGGUUUUACAGAGUAUGACACUUCAUGUAGCAUCAAUGGAUUGUUGUGAGUUGCUUCCUGCGAUGAAUUAUUGGUUCAAGCCACAUUUCAAAUCUUGGCUCUUUUGUUCUCUUAGCUUUGCAAGGCUGCUUAUUCUAGCUUCUGAUUUUGAUCAUGAUGAGAAUUUAGGAGUCCACUUUUCAUCUGGGACAUGGGAAUCUUUCCCAACUCUUUGAGCGUUGGGUUUACUGACCAGUUAAUAAGGAUCCACCCUGACUUUCAUCAUUCUACAUUCACAGUGACAACUGUUUCAAAUCCCCAUGAGACCACUGCAAUUCAUGUGUUUGUCUGUUUGUUUGUUUGUUUAUUUAUUUAUUUAAAUUUCACCUAUUUAUCCAUUUAUUGUGUAUUUUCAUUUCUAAAUUUAUGACUAUUUAUGACUAGUGAAUUGUUGUUGUUUUGUCCCACUCAAACUAAAUGCGUAAAUCAUUUUUGCAGUGUAGUAUUAUAUUAACA